CGGAAGUAGGUACGUGGCCGCUUCAGCUGACAGUCUACAUGAUGGCGACAGAGGUUCAGAGCGGCGACCUCGACAGUGCUACUUCCAGCCGGCUCGAAGUUUCCAUCGAUGGCCUUACCCUCAGUCCCGACCCGGAGGGCGAGCAGGGCCAGGUCGAGGAGCCGGAACCCGAACCCGCGGAACCGGAGAGCGAUACGCCGGGAGCCGCUGGGGGCGAAGAUGGAGAGACUGCCAAAUCUGCGAUAGAGAGGAAAUGGGGCUUUCCUCUGCAAGAGCUGUACGGAAUGGCUCUUAAAUUUUUCAAAGAUAAAGAUGGAAAAGCUUUCCACCCCACCUAUGAGGAGAAGCUUCGACUGGUGGCUCUACACAAACAGGUGUUACUGGGGCCUUAUAAUCCCGAUGCUUCACCAGAGGUCGGCUUCUUUGAUGUCCUAGGCAACGACCGCAGGAAAGAGUGGGCCUCCCUGGGUAACAUGGAAAAGGAGGAGGCCAUGGUGGAGUUUGUCAAGCUGCUUAACAAGUGCUGUAACCUCUUUGCUCCCUACGUCACCUCACAUAAGAUAGAAAAGGAGGAGCAGGAGAGGAAAAGGAAAGAGGAGGAGGAGCGUCAGAGGAGGGAAGAGGAGGAGAGGGAGCGACAAAGACAGGAGGAUGAGAGACGGAGGCUUGAGGAGGAGGAAAGGCUGAGGAGAGAGGAAGAAGAAAGGAGACAGGCAGAGGAGGAGAGGCUACGGGUCGAGCAGCAGAAACAACAGAUAAUGGCAGCGCUGAAUGCCCAGACGGCGGUGCAGUUCCAACAGUAUGCUGCCCAGCAGUACCCCAACAGCCCAGAGCAACAGCUGGGCCUCAUCCGUCAGCUCCAGGAGCAACACUACCAGCAGUACAUGCAGCAGCUCUACCAGGUCCAGCUGGCGCAGCAACAGGCGGCCUUACAGAAGCAGCAGCAGCAGGCUGAUUCGAUGGCGCAGGGGACGCUGGAAUCUAGCAGCUUCAACAGUGGUGAGCCUGUCCCCGUCUCAGCAGCGGGACCGUUGUGUGCAACUUCACCACCUGCUGGCGAGGAAGCCCCUACAGUCAAUGGAGGCCAGUCAGACUCCUACUCGGAGAGCAUGGACCGGGAGCCAGAGCCCGAACCGGCAGAGGAGGUCUCAGAGAAUGGACCUUUAUUAGCUGACUCCCCACCGGUAAUAGCUGCUCCCUCCAUGUGGACACGGCCACAGAUCAAGGACUUCAAGGAGAAAAUCCGGCAGGAUGCCGACAGCGUGAUCACGGUGGGGCGCGGCGAGGUGGUGACAGUGCGUGUACCCACCCACGAGGAGGGCUCCUACCUGUUCUGGGAGUUUGCCACGGACUAUUACGACAUCGGCUUUGGGGUCUUCUUUGAGUGGACGGAUGCUGCCUCUGCUUCAGUCAGUGUGCACGUGUCAGAGUCCAGUGACGAGGAUGAGGAUGAUGAAGGUGAUCCUCCCAGUGAGGAAGAGAAGGCAAAGAAGGAGGCAGGGAAGCCCCAGGUGGAUGAGAUUGUGCCGGUGUACCGGCGGGACUGUCAUGAGGAGGUGUACGCUGGCAGCCACCAGUACCCCGGCCGCGGAGUCUACCUGCUCAAGUUUGACAACUCCUAUUCACUCUGGCGCUCCAAGAGUGUUUACUACAGAGUCUACUACACCAGAUAAGCCUGAAUACAGACACAGGGGGAGCCAAGGAGUGUGUAUGUUCAUAUAUGUGUGUGUGUGUGUGUAGGUGGAGAUUUGUGCGAUGGCAGCCUGUAUGUGUGUGUGUGCGCGCGUGAAGGAGAAUGUGAUACCAGAUGUGUUCUGGACAAAACCACCAGAGGGUGACAAAGAGACACAUCUGGAGCCCUAGUCUGGAGAUUCGACUAUUAUGUAUGUAUGUAUGUACUGUAUGUGUAUGCGUGUCCCAAGAUACACCCAUGCUAGAUCCUGUCAUCGGGCCUUUGGAAGAGGAGUGUGUAUUCCUGUUGUAUAGUCACCACCUGUCCUUGCUGCGCUCACAUAGACCAAUCUGUAGGACUUCGCUCUCAUAUCGUAUUUUACCACUUUUCAUCCUGGGCUCCUGUCACCACUCCAGCCCAACACUGUCCAACGUGGCCUUGCGGCUGAUCCUGCACUGAGUGAUGCUCUCGUAACCAUGAACGGAAAGCAGGCGACUCCGGCGCUCUGUGAGCUAAACGUUUCCUGUUUGGUGGUAAUAGUGGCUGUUUAUCCUACGAGAACACAGACAAUGUUUAAAAUCAAAUUAUAUUGCAAAAGUACUUCGUAACACUAUACCUUCGUUCCAAUGAGAGCUUCUGGUCUUUGCCAAGUCUGGGCUCACACAUUAAAAACACCAGUAUACACAAACUUAAUCAUCUUUUUUUUGUUGUAAAACAGUAGUCUGUUAUUCUCUUCCCUCGAUAACAUGCAUAUAUGAAGGCAUAUUUGGCUUAUUCCCAUGCAGAAACGGUCUGUUUACACCUUUAUUUCUUGAUACAAUCUGACUGACUCAGUGUACCAGGAGUAGGUUUUUUAGUUUAGAGCUUACUGGCAAAAUUUAUGAAGGACAGGCAAGAAGCCAUUGCAUGGUUUAGGGUAAACUACAAAUGAAGUCAUGGGUGUCAAGAAAGUGAGUUCCAAAAUAACAUGCACAUGGUAAAGUAUGGCUGUGUGUAAACUCAAGAAUUUCAGUGUGUGAUAAAAUAAGAGGUUAUAAACAAAUUACUUAAUAAAUAUUUGUUCACCUUUUCCUCCUACAAAAUGUUUUUCUGUGUGAUGCUGUUUCAGUUUGUUCCACCUUCAAGCAGUUGCCUCAGUUUUUCUCCCUAUUUGAAUGCUUACACCACGCGAAUAUUAUAUUAAAUGAUCAGUUGUCCUUUGCUCAUCAGUUCCUUACGAAAGAAUCAAGAAAAAGGACAUAGUAUUAAGACAGAUGUUAUAUUAAUAUUAGCUGGGAGGUUUUUGUGUUUUUCAUUCUGUGUGUCUGGAGUUGCUGUACUUCUGUUCUGUAGUUCUGACACACACAAGUAACAUCUAACAAUAAAAAUUCCAUGUUUUUGGAGGUCAUGA